AUGGCGGCACUGGAGACACUCCCCGAGGACGCCGACAAGAAGAAACGGGUCAUUAUCGAAAGCCCUCUUCUCUACGCGCCAAAGAAGAAGUUCCGUGUUGGACAGGUGAGAGACACGAUCGCAGCAGUGCUGAAAGAGAAAUUGAAGGGCCUGGUGUAUGAUCCUGAGACAUCUCCGGGCGUUGCCAGGGAUCUCGCCGAUUCCAUCAAAUCGGACCUCAAAGAUCUGGAAUUCGAGAGGUACAAGCUCGUCGUCCAGGUGGUGAUCGGCGAGGUGAGAGGGCAGAGCAUGCAAAUGGCGUCGCGAUGCUUCUGGGAUCUCGAGACUGACGAUUACGCGGAGGCGACCUACAACGAUGGCAAUGUCUUUGGUGUCGGCGUCGUGUUUGGAAUGUUCUUGCUCUAAUCGACGAUUCGAUAGCGAUCGAUUGCGCAAGCUCUUCGCUUUUAAAGGAAGA